AUGUACCUCAAUAGCACAGUGGAUGAUGAUGAUGUUGAUGAUCCAGCAUAUCACUCCGUCGGAGAGGCGGCUCUCGAGAAACGUGUGUUCGAAUCCAUGACCCUUGCUCGAAUUCGUGAAUACCUUCCACAACAAACAGACCCGAACACCGUAGACACGUAUUUCGGGAACCCCACGGGACUUAUACAGUUCGUCGGCAAGAAAAGUACAGAUGCUUCUGUUGCUCGACAGACGGAAUUCGGAAGUGCUCCCUUCCAAAUUGGCACCGAUGGCCUAGUCGGCUGUACCAUUGUCACCGUGGUGUCUAAGAGAGCGGUCUACAUGGGACAUUAUUGGGAAGAGGAAAGUUGGUCAAGCAACUAUUAUUUCCCGAGACGCGUCCUCAACUUUAUUGCGGGUCGUCAACCGCAACAGGGCAUCGGCCCAGCCUUCAACCCAGCACUGUUCAACCGCCCGGAUGACGACACGCGGGUAUAUAUUAUGCAUCCCCGAAGAGGGAUAAGGGUAUAUACCUCCGCGAUCUAUCGAGGCAAGUUGACCCAAUUGAGAACCUUGUUCAACCAGAAUCUUCUGCCCGGAGUGCCAAUCGCUACAUGGAUGUAUAUACCCGUCAACCCCAGGCGGGGCCAGCCCGACCCCAUUGCCGAUCAGCCAUGGAGACGACACGCUAUAUUUCAAUAUGACCCGAAUGCCCAUGGUGCGGGAAAUCGAGGAUGGAGGCUAUUUUAUGAAGAUCACUAUUUCGAUGAUACGAAUCCGCCACCGGGGCCUGCGUCGGCCAAUGGGAUUCCUGAUUUGCCGUGAUCGAUCGUGGCCCUGUGUAUUUUUCGUGGAUAUAGGGAUGGUUGCACUGGGCUGUAUGUUGGGUAACAUUGGCUGUUUUGAAUUCGUGCUAUUGGAUGGUUAUCGUUAAUCUAGAUACCUCUAUACUGUAUGCAUGCAUCCGCUUUAGAUAG